CGCAUGCGCUCUCACUCACUCUCACUCACUCUUUCUUUCACUCACUUCCCGUCUUUCCUAGGUAUCUUUCUCUGAGGUACAGUAGUCUCCCACAAGCCGACGCUUCUUCCAUGUAAAAGAAGCUUUUCUUAACCUGCUUCUCUAUUGCAGCCUCAUGAGACUAGGAGGUGACAUCCUCUACCGCACCAUCGGAUCAUCCUGCUCAACCUCACUCCAGGAGGUGAACUAGUCCAGCCAUUCAAAGAUCGCCAAUCCCUGGAGGGCGACAUCUCAUCUCACCAACCGUUCCAUUGAGCCACGUUUCAGACACCGACGUCUUCCCGGCAUUCCAAAUCGUUAUCAUCGCCAGGUUGAGCAGCCAAGAGAAACAAACGAGCCCGCCAGGAACACAGGAACACACACCAACAGAGGGCACACUCGGAAGCUUAGCCAUACCACCUUGCAGGGUCUCCCAUCGCAUCUCGGCAACUGCAAAACUCAACGUCCGCCUUCAUCAAGUCCAUCCCCGCAAACUUGCGGCUCUGUAUCCGGGCCUCGAGUCGCCACACCACACUGCAUCUGUGCUGAGUUGUGCCGCAGCUUGGUUUCAGCGUCGCAUUUGUUUCCCUUCUUAUCAUCAAUGACCACUCGUCCUAUGAGAACUCUGCAACCACUUCGAUCCCAAUCUUCUUGUCCGAGCAGUGUCACCAGUCGGGAAACUCGCCUUCCUUGAGACUAGCCCCCAUUCAUGCCUUUGCCCUCGUCUUUCCCUCGACUUCUCUGGCCGUCCGAUCAUCCCACAGCAUCACACCCCUCCACCAUCAUUCGCUCCAGUCAUCGCCCUCACUCACCCUCGCCAUCCUUUAGUCUGAUCCCAGUCUGCGGAUCGCCCGUUCUUUCCUACCGAGCAUCACCCUGUUUCUGAGAGCACGGGGUCGGCCCUCCUGCGUACCACGCACUACUAAGCACCUGCGAGGUUGAUUCAUUCGAGUCCCAGGUCCAAUCACGCCACACUCACUGUAGGCCUCGAAAGAGACUCUGUACAUACCAGAGGCUUAUCGAGUACAACCAGAGGCUCAAUUUUAGCCUUUGCUUCAUGUUGGUCUGGGAUCGACGCUCGUAGCUCGUACCUCUGCGGGUUCCCGUCUCCCGCCUCUCACUCUCUCUAUCUCUCCCAACGCCAUCCGCCUAGACACUUUAGACUCUCCCCCCCCCCUAUAUAGAAACCCACUGCCUCCUCCUGCUUUUGGACGUUUUGACCCUGUCGUCGAUGAUUGUGCUCCCACACUCCUGGGAAUACUUUCAACAUGCCCCAACCAUCUAAUGGCAAGUCGUCUGGUACGGCUUCAGGACCCAUGAUGGCGGACAACGAUCGCGGGCUCGAUACCAAAGCGGAGGUGGAGGUCAGUGGGCGCGAGAUCAAUCCCGCCGACUCUACCACCUCAAGAUUCUCAGACCGUGACCCGGUCGAGGACUUGAAAGAGAGGCUCUCGCAAUGGGGUGAGUCAAGUGUCUAUCACGGCUAUGAUGAUGAAGAUGAGCAAGGGUCCGAACAUGAACUUCUCUUAGAUCCGAAUCUGCCCGAAGAGUACGAGACGAGAAUUCGUAACGCGGCAUCGACGCCAAUCGAAGAGGUCGACGAUGAGCUGGCUAUGAAGAGGGAGGAGGAGGAGGACUCACCGUAUCCCGAAGUACGCGCAGCCGUUCGCAACUACGACGAAGAUAUGCCUUGCAACACCAUCCGGGCCUGGACUAUCGGUCUCAUGUUGGUCACUGUUGGUGCCUCAAUGAACACUUUGUUCUCACUACGACAGCCUUCAAUCGGUCUUGGUCCUCUAAUUGCGCAGAUUAUUGCAUGGCCUAUUGGUCAGGGUUGGGCCAAGGUGAUGCCUACGAAGCAGUUCAAGACCUUUGGCAUCAAGUGGAGCUUGAACCCGGGGCCGUUCAACAUCAAGGAGCACUCCAUCAUUGUCGUGAUGGCCGGUGUCUCCUUUUCGGUUGCAUACGCUACCGACAUUAUCCUGGCCCAGCUGGUGUUUUACAAGCAAGACUUUGGCAUCGUCUUUCAACUGCUUCUCACAAUUUCCACUCAGUCCUUGGGUUACGGAAUUGCCGGCAUCAUGCGAAAGUUCCUCGUCUAUCCGGCUGCUAUGAUCUGGCCCGGAAACUUGGUCUCUGUCACUUUGAUGAAUGCCAUGUAUGAGACGAAUGACCGGCCUGAUCCCACUUUCAUUGGUGGCAGCAUGCCCCGAUACAAGUGGUUCGGUAUCAUUGUUCUUGGCUCAUUCUGCUACUACUGGAUCCCCGGCUUCCUCGCGCAAUUCCUCAGCAUCAUGGCAUUCGCCACCUGGAUUGCCCCGAAUAACGUUAUCAUCAACCAGUUGUUUGGUGGAACGAGUGGUCUGUCGCUUCUGCCGUUGACUCUCGACUGGACUCAGAUUUCAGGAUUCGUCGGCUCCCCGCUCAUUCCCCCAUGGCACGCCAUUGCCAACACCCUCAUCGGUGUUGUCACCUUCUUCAUCAUCGGCUGCUCCGUCUUCCACUACAGCGGUGUGUGGUACGCUCAGUUCCUGCCCAUGAGCGACUCGGGCACGUACGACAACACGGGUAACCCGUACAACACGUCUCGCAUCCUUACCCCUCAGCUUACGCUGAACGAGGAGGCGUACAAGAACUACUCGCCGCUGUUCAUCAGCACCACGUUUGCCAUGUCCUACGGUCUGUCAUUCGCUGCCAUCGCUUCUUUGAUCGUCUACACCUAUCUGCACAACGGAAAGCAGAUUUGGGCCCAGUACAGGAAUAGCAACAAGGAGCAGCCCGAUAUCCACAUGAAGCUCAUGAGGAAGUACAAAGAGGCGCCGACUUGGUGGUACAUGGGCCUCUUCGUGAUUAUGCUUGGUCUAGGUUUCGUAACUGUUCUGUACUACCCGACCAACUUGACCUGGUGGGCCUUCCUUUUGGCCGUGGCCAUCUCCUUCGGCUUUUCGCUGCCCAUCGGAAUCAUUCAGGCCGUCACGAAUAACCAGAUCGGUCUGAACGUGUUGACGGAGUUCAUCUACGGUUACAUUCAGCCCGGGCGACCUCUCGCACUCAUGAUCUUCAAGACCUUUGGCUACAUUACCAUGUCCCAGUCCCUCAGUUUUGUCUCUGACUUGAAGUUUGGCCACUACAUGAAGAUCCCGCCAAGAACCAUGUUCAUGUGCCAGGUCGUCGCAACGACCUUCUCCUGCUUCAUCCAGAUCGCCGUGCUCAACGCCGCGUUGAAGAACAUUCCCGACGUCUGCACGCCGCACCAGGAAAACAAGUUCUCCUGCCCGGGUGGCCGCGUCUUCUUUGCCGCUUCCGUCAUCUGGGGUCUCAUCGGUCCCGCCCGCAUGUUCUCCCCGGGCCAGGUCUACUCCGGCCUCUUCAUCUUCUUCGGCCUCGGCGCCAUCCUCCCCGUAAUCUUCUACUUCGCCGCCCUCAAGUGGCCCAAGUCCCCGGUCAAGUACCUCAUGGCGCCCCUCAUCUUUGGCGGUGCCGGCGCCAUCCCUCCCGCGACGCCCCUCAACUACCUCUCCUGGGGCAUCGUCGGCUACGUCUUCCAGCACCACAUCCGCAAGAAGCACUUUGGCUGGUGGUCGCGCCUCAACUACCUCACCUCGUCGGGUCUCGACCUCGGCCUGGCGCUCGCCACGCUCGUCAUCUUCUUGGCUUUCACGCUUAAUAAGAUUGAGCCGCCUAAAUGGUGGGGUAACGAUAUCGUGACUGCAACGAUGGAUGCGCAGGGCACGGCUAUCCAGGCCACGCCGGCGCCUGGAACAAAGUUUGGUCCGACAAGCUGGGAACACUAGGAGAGAGACAUGGAGAUAUGUCCCAUGUCCCAUGUUGCUCCUGCUACUUUCCCCCAUUUUGUAAAGGGGAUCACUAUUCGAAAAGACCCGGCGGACAUUGGAUACAGAUGAUUGAAUGGGUAGAAGGGCUGGUUACCACGAAUAUUAUAAGGAUG